AUGUUUGUCAGUAAUAACUCAUCUGACUAUUUGUGUUGCCAGUGCUCCUAUCCUGUGUGGGAGGACUUCAGCGCCAAGGCCACCAAGCUGCAUUCCCAGCUCCGAACCACUGUUCUGGCUGCUGUGGCCUUCCUGGAUGCCUUUCAGAAAGUGGCAGACAUGGCUACCAACACUAGAGGGGCGACCAGAGACAUCGGUUCAGCUCUUACCAGGAUGUGCAUGAGACAUCGCAGCAUUGAAGCCAAACUUCGCCAGUUCACGAAUGCUCUGAUGGAGAGUCUGAUCACUCCUCUCCAGGAUAAGAUUGAAGACUGGAAGAAGACUGCCAACCAGCUGGAUAAGGACCACGCCAAAGAGUACAAAAGGUCACGUCACGAGAUCAAGAAGAAGUCAUCUGACACCAUCAAGCUGCAGAAGAAGGCUCGUAAAGAGAUGCAGGGGCGAGGCGACCUGCAGCCGCAGCUGGACAGCGCCAUGCAGGAUGUGACCGACAUGUGUCUGCUGAUGGAGGAGACAGAGAAGCAGGCGGUGCGCCGCGCCCUGGUGGAGGAGAGGGGGCGCUUCUGCACCUUCAUCGGCUUCCUUCAGCCUGUGGUGAACGGAGAGAUCGCCAUGCUGGGAGAGAUCACCCACCUCCAGGCAAUCAUCGACGACCUCACCGUGCUGACCACUGACCCCCACAAGCUCCCCCCUGCCAGUGAACAGGUGAUCAAGGAUCUGAAGGGCUCCGAUUAUAGCUGGUCCUACCAGACCCCCCCAUCGUCCCCGAGCAGCUCUGGCUCACGCAAGAGCAGCAUGUGCAGCAGCGUCAACAGCGCCCACAGCAGCGCCUCCCGUUCGUCGGGGGGAGGUGCAGGUGUGGGUAGUGGUGGAGGAGGUUCCCAGCCACACUCACCCUCCUCCUCCUCCUCCUCCUAUCGCCACCGCAGCAGCAUGCCUCAACAGCCUCCACCACCAGGGGGCAUUGCAGCCCACCGCCUCAGCAGUGUUUCCUCCCACGAUUCGGGCUUCGUGUCCCAAGAUGCAAACAUCUAUUCCAAGCCUCCCUCACCAAUGCCCUCUGACAUCACCAGUCAGAAAUCCUCCAGCUCUGCAUCAUCAGAGGCUUCAGAAACAUGCCAGUCAGUCAGUGAAUGCAGCUCCCCCACCACUUUUGGCUCGUCCUUCGUUACCUUCCGCCCCGCUCUCUCUCACUCUGGCUCCACCAGGCCUCUCUCUGUCAUUCUUCCCGUUCCUGCGUCCCCACCCUAUAUCCGCCCCUCUGGAUCCAGCUCCUCCUCUCCCACAUCAAAGGUUCCCAUGUGGAAGGACUGGUCCAAAGCAGGUCAGUACGAGCAGCCCGCGGCCGCCGCUCCGGUCCAGAGGAGAAAGGAGCCAGUGGAUAGGCUGAGAGAGAGCGAGGGCUCGCCGGGUUCCCAUGGAUACGCCGCAGCGUCACACCCAGAAGAGGGCCAGAGGCCGCGGAUGACACCUGCUGGCAUCGCUGCCAAGCACGGCGAGGAGGUUUCCCCGGCAGCCAGUGACCUGGCCAUGGUGCUGACCCGGGGCCUGAGCGUGGAGCAGCAGAAGAGCAGCCGGGACUCCCUGCAGUACUCCAGCGGCUACAGCACGGAGACCACAACCCCGUCCUGCUCCGAGGACACCAUCCCUUCACAAGGUUCAGAUUACGACUGCUACUCUGUAAAUGGAGACACCGAAGGCCCGGAUGGACAGGCAGAGUUUGACAAGUCUUCUACAAUUCCUCGCCAUUCCAACAUUGCCCAGAACUACAGGCGCAUGAUACAGACCAAAAGGCCAGCCAGUACAGCUGGUCUGCCCAGUGGGGUCCUUGGUCCAGGAGUUCAUGGGAUACCAGGACAGCCAGGUGGAGCUGGUGGAGGAGGAGGAUCAGGGACUCCAGGCACCGCUACUAUCCGUCGAACCCCAUCAACCAAACCGGGGGUGCGGCGUACACUGUCCAGUGCGGGGCCCAUCCCUAUCCGACCUCCCAUUGUGCCUGUCAAAACACCCACUGUUCCCGCAGACUCACACUCACCUGGUGCAGGUGGCUAUGCGGGGGGAGGGCAAGCAGGCGGCGUCCCCGUCAGAGUGGGAAGUGAAGAGUGUGUGUUCUUCACCGGAGCCGAGGACGGCCAAGGAGGGCUCGAUUAUGUGAAGGCAUCACCGAAGCGCCUCAGCCUGCCCAACACCGCCUGGGGCUCUGGGGCAGCGCUGGAGGUCUACGCCCAGCAGCACUGCAUGGCGUCGGGUUCAGCAGCCGGAUCAGAGGAGGAGCAGAUGAUCGCGGCCAACCGGCACAGUUUGGUGGAGAAGAUCGGCGAGUUGGUAGCGAGCGCGCACGCCCUUGGUGAGGGUCAGUUCCCUUUCCCCGCUCUCCCAGAUGACCCGACCCCAAUGCCAGGUGGCCUGAGCGAAACUCAGACGGAAGGGGCUGAGGGGUCCGGCGACAUGCUGACCACGAUCAGGAGAGGAGUUCGCCUUCGCAAAACGGUCUCCAACGAUCGCUCGGCUCCCCGUAUAUUGUGAUCAGCAGAGAAAUGCGAAGGGUUGUCAGUCGAUAGGUCAAAUGUUGGUGUGGUAGUACCCAACCACCUAGUGAGUACACGAAAACAUAACCAUGUUGGAAAAGCUAUAUCAUAACAGAGGAUGAAUAAAGUCGAAAAAAAAUCCAUGCAGAAAAUGUUAAGACACCUUUAGAGUAAAUGAUAUACAGUCUAAUAUAACGAUAACAUAAGUAAUCAUAACCGAUGCUGACGAGUACAAGUGAAAUACUUCAUGUUGACCUAGCAGGCCGCUAUAACUAUUGUGUGUUGGACGCAUGUUUGUCUUCUAUACACCGUCAGACAGGGACGGAGUGACUCAUAGGAAAAGUGAUUUUGAAAAUAAAUGGAGGCAAAGAAAGAAGAGCGCUGGGUUCUGUUCUGUUUACCACCGAACCCGUCUCCCUGUCCUGUUGUCCGACUAACCCAGCUGACCGAUCCAACUUUAAAGACAGACUGAAGGGGGCUGAUGAGAACCAGAGAGAGACAGAGAGGUGGGGUACUCAGAUCGCCUUGUGACCGGCUUCAACUGAAGCCAGGUCGUCUUGGCAACGACGUGCUGUGCCGAAAAGGCCAUCGAACUGCUUGGCAAGAGUACGGGGAGCUAACAAACCAGAGGGCCACUCUGGUUCACGAUGAUGUAAAAAAAAAAAAAAAAAAAACGUUGGCAUUGAGCCGUACUUGUUGCCCUUCCCCUCUCUCUCUCUUUCUGCGUACAUUCGUAUGCUUCUCGGAAAAUGUAAAAAUGGAGCGUGUGGGUAUAUGUGGUUGAUUAUGUGUGUGUGUGCGUGUGUGAGAGAGGGGGUGGGUAGAGCUCUGCUGCGGGACAGCCGGUUACCCAACGAGGGCAGGGCUUUUUUCUUUUCUUUUUUUCUUUUUCUCCUGUGUCGUGUGCGUAUUUUCUCGUUUAUAUCGUGACGUCGUUUACCUUGUUACCACUGUACGGGGAGUUCCGAGACCUAUUCCAGGCCUAUAGAUAUAUUCAUAUAUAUUUUCUAGAAGCAGAGAGAAAAAAAAAAAAAAAAAAAAAGUGAAAUCAGAAAUGGAGCAAUAAAUGUGUUUUAUUUUCUUGUUUCGAGGAAGCGAUUGGAUUUGGAGGAUUGCAGAUUCUCCUUUGUCCCAUUCAGGCAAUCAUCAGGAAUGCUAAAUUACACAUCGACUGUGAAUUCAUGCGUUUUUCAUGCGCCUCUCUCUCUUUCUCUCUCUCUCUGUCCCAGUUUCUUUCUAUUAAAUGAAGUGGAUUACAAAAAAUUUGAAAAAAUAAAAACUGUAAGCACUUUGAUGAGAGUAGAGUCUGUACAAUAGCCAGUAGAUGUUGCUGUAGUCAUGCUGUAUGUGUGGAGGAGUGAUGGAGUGGUAAGAGGAGUGAAAGCAAUGACUGUGUCCUAAGGAGAUGAUUUAAUACAUUAAAGUAGAAGAAGGCAGAGAGAGGUAAAGAGGAUGUGAAGAGGACUGCUAGCACUGGAGUGAUUGGUUAAAUGAGAAAAUGUAUGAAUAUUUUCUUAAGACGGAUCAGGUUUUAAGGCGGGAGGCGGGAUGGGAAUGACAUUGAAGAGUUUGCCUGAACGUGUAUUUUAAGGAUCGAAGACAUACUGUGGGAAAAAGUACAAUGUUUUGCUGAGUGAGAUGAUUUUUUUUCUUGGAAAUAUGUUUCUAGGCCUAAAACAUCCAGAUGAGAUUUUUUUUAAAUCAGUUUAGUUUUUUUUGUCUUUUACCUUAAAACUAGAUGUAAAUCUUUUAAAAUGGAAAAAUACCUUUCGAAACUGUAAAGCACAUCGAGUGGAACAAUUAAAGCACCAUCUCAGGAAAGGCACAUCACUUUAUGUUUUUUCAUUUGAGUGCAAGUAAAAAAGAAACAGCCAAACUUGAUUGUAAUUGGGUGGAAAUAAAACCUGGAAAAAGCUAAACAUUCAAAAUUCAGUUGAUCUCAUGAUAUUGACACCAUAGAGAAGCUGCAGGACCUGAUCUCCAGAAUGCUGAAGGUUUUCCAUGAGCUCAUAAACACAACACAAAAAUAUCAGCUCAUUUGUGGGAAACUGUAUAUAUAUUUUUUAAUAGUGAAUGAAACACUUAAGCUUUCAACCAGCCCUAUCUUAAAACAGAACCUGGUUCCUCAAUGCUAAACACUGCAGUGUAAUUACACAAUAACUCUUAAAAAUGUCGUACUUCUGUCUGAAGUAAGGACGAACCUCUAAUUAUUCACACCCUUGGCAGAUUCAGACUUCACAUUAGUUUCAUUUAACCAAAGAGUUUGUUUCUGAUAGAAAGUUAGACAGAAAUGUCUCAAAAGAUAACAGUUUUGUAUAAUUAAAUAUAUUUACAUUUAUUAAAAAAAAGUGAUAUGAUUACCAUGUAGAAAGAUAUUCAACAUGGACACUGUUAUAGACACAAAUGCAUCAAAUGUCUAUGGCAUUAGAGCUCUCUUCUAAACAUAUUAGCCAUAGUGUUAUUUGUUAGUUGGUACUUUGGGACAGGUAUAUCACCAAAUUAAAUGGAAAAGCAAUCUUUUAAAAUUAACUUUUGUUCUCACUGGAAGUAAUAUUAACAUUUUAUUGUGGCCCUGCCAGAGUUCCAACUUGAAUCUGAUAUAUAUUCUGUGGAGGGAGCAAAAGAUUAGGGUGAUGGUCAAGAGGCCUUCCAAUAUCAAGCACUUGAAUCUCAUUUCCAAGGAUAAAUUGUUAAUGUACAAUUGGAAGCGUGAAGAAAGCUGGUCAGCAGUCAUAAAAAUGGUUGGACUUCUGUAAUGUUUUUUUUUUCCCCCACUGGCAAUAAGAGUAUGAAUAUUUUUUACUAUGUCAUUUUUCAAUAAAAUAUAUAAAAAUAGAUUAGAUAUUCAAAAAUGAUACUUCUUUCACAUUGUUUUAUCUUUUCAGACACCUGUAAACAGUGGUGGGUACACUUACGCUAAUGCGCUAAUAACAACAAUUGUUUUUUUGUUUAGCACUUCAGCUAACUUUGAAAACAUUUAUCGCAUUUAGUUUCCCCUAAGCUGUUUUUUAAAAUUAAAUUGGUGCUCCAGGGUUGUAGUCUGUCAAAGACUGAUGUCAUUUGAAUUGAAGUUAGCACGUUAGCAUUAGCCUCUGCUACUGUGUUGGUGUAGUGAGUGCUGUAGUCUUAGCAGAACUACAGGUUAUGAUUAGCGCUUAGGGUUAGUGCUCCUAGCUUUUUAGAUAGCCAUGCUCACAACUGCCUGCUAAAUUUCCUAUCAGAAGAAAACUUUUGAUUAAAUGAAA